UCGUAGUCACUGUUAUCGCGUCUGCGAAUGGCGUCCUUGACUCGCCCGUCACUCGCGUACGUGUCUCGCGCCGCGGUGUUUUUUUGGACACCGUACUGUCUGUUGCGAGGAGACUCAGCGUUUCCGGCUUCCUCGUGCGAGAUUUCACAGCGGCGCGAUACGUCAGCGAAGUUGCUUUUUUUGGCAUCGAUCGUUAUUUGUAUCAAGUUCGGCGGGACAGAGGGAGGAAGACAAGAGAAUUGGUAAUAUUUCAGGGACGUUUUCUACAAAGAGAAAACAAAGCAUGAUGCAAAUGUAUUACUAUAGGACGUUUAAUCAUGCUGGUAGCGCAAGUUACGAACAUUUUACGAUUCGUCAUCAAUCUUCCUGUAACGUUUAUCUUGCGUGUUUCGAGGAGUUAUUAAUUUGACUCUGAUAAUUUCGCGUAUCAUGAAUAUAAAAGAGAAGGGGGGAAUAUGAAGCAGGACGGUAAUAUUAAGCAAGGCUGAUUUCUUAAACAAUCGUUGCAAUCUAUUAGUAAUUGAAAUAAACAACCAUUACAUAAGCAUAAACAUAACUAUUAAUCGACACACUAUAAUUAAUAUGUUAAAUUUAUCAAUCAAAAUAGGAAAAAAAAAUAUUUAAUCUUUGUAAAAAGUUUUAAAUCGAAAUGGCUUUUCUAUAGUGUUAUAAAUAAUGUGGCACUGACACCAGAGCUUUUUGGUAGCCGAUAAGAAUUCUGAGGGAAAAUUCAUACCUUGGUAGAAAAACAGAAACUAAUGGUCGCACUGGAGUCAGCUGGUAGUCGACAGUUUCUGCUUUUCUACCAGCACGAAUUCUAAUUGGUUUUUGUUUUUCUGCCAAAAUUUUUUUAUUUGCGACUUUAGUUCAUAGGCUUAAAGGACUUUUACAUAAUUUGAACUAUUCGGCUCAAUUUUCUUAGUUUUCAUAGAAAAUUUUUUAAUUUUCAUUUUUAACUUGUGAUUUUUAUAUUCAAAGGAAUUUAAUAAAAGAAGUUGUUUUAAUAUCAAUAACUUUAUAAUGUGCUUUUGUAACAGUUGAUUUUUUCCUAAUGAUUAUGAAUACAUUAUAAGAGAUAUAUUUAUUAAACAUUUCUGACGGUUGUUGAUAUAAUCAUUGCAUUUAAUAUUGCAUUUUUCGUCUAAAAUAAGAAAGUGGUUCCACCUUCUUCCUUAGCAAUUAAACGCGUUAAAUACACUUAUUUGACGUAAUUUGACAUCUUCUAGUUCUAAUUUAGGCAUUUCAGGUCGAAAUAAUUGCGUCUAAGUAUUCGUGCAUCGUCUAACUCAGAGUCUCGUCUCAUAUUUAAACAGUUAGUAAGUAUUCAACGCGUGAAAAGCUCAACAUAAAGUUAAUGCAUAACAGUUAACUAAUAAAGAAACCUUCAAUUUUUAAUCAACUAUCGCGACGUAUGAAUAACAUUUAGAUAUGGUACUCCCAACUCGGGAACAUCCAAGCCGAAAGAACUUUGUAUCACAGUAUAGUUAUAAAUUAGUAUAUGUUAUAAAUUUCAUACCGUAUAGCUAACAAAGGACAAAAGCCGAUGCGAUCGGUCAACAGUCGAUAUGAAAGCUAAGGACCUUCAAAUUGAUAAGUGAAUUUUACCAUUGAUUCUCCCUUUAUCUUUGAUACAACGUCAGAUAUGAGUAAUACGGUAACUGAUAGGGAAGCUUCGAAAGAUCCGACUGAUUCGAGUCAGCGAGCUAUCGGAAAUGAUACACCGUCUAGUAGUUUCGAUCGUGGAAAACCAGACAAGCGAUCUAUAGUCUCCGCGAUAAGCCAGAAGAUCAGAUCGAAACUGCUCACCCUCGGUAACCCUCUAAAGCGUCUGAUGAAGUCGAAGAACUCCGAGGAGGAGGACGCGAAUCGUCGCGAAGUUAGUCCGCGCGUCUCCGAGAGAAUCGCGAAUAUUGGCAAUGUGAGCGGACAAAGUGCGGCGAAGAGCAAUACCUCGGUGUAUCGGGCCGAGUAUCUCGUCGCGGAUGCAAGGACGCGCGAAUCUUGCCAGGACCUCGGCAGUCAUUUCUCCGAAGUCGACCCCGAUGAACCUUCGACCUCCGUGGCGAACACCGAGCUCUCCGCGGGCACCUCCGAUCGCGAUGUCGGGAGAACGGAGCCGAACGAGAAUCCGCGAAGUACAACAGUGACGUCGAUGACUUCCACAUCGCUCGGGAGUGAGUGGACCGAUACAGUCUCGAGUUCCACGAACACCGAGGAAGUGUCGGAGGCGGACUUCAUGAGCGUGUUACAUCGCGGCACCAUCAUCGCAGUAGCACCUAUGACGUUCUCCGCUCAAUUUGGAAGCGAGAUUAGCGACGCGUCCGGAACGGUGGAGUCGAGAACGCAAGAUCAGAGGAUAGGCCGGGACGAUCCGCGGGAUUUUUACGAUAGUCCUCUGCACAUGGUGAUUCGUAAGCCAAUUUUUCCGCGGGAAGACGAGUCCAGCAUAUACUGAAAUUACGCCGAGCCCUUAAUUAUUGCGAGGAGUCCCUCCCCGAGGAGUCCCUCCGCUGGUAUCGCCACGUAUUAAUGAACUGUCGAUGAAGAUUUGACAAAUAAAACCUUUCGCAUGAA